UUGAACUACUUUUCAAUACAACAUAUUGUCUUCUUCUACUCUUCUUCAAGUUUCCAUAUUCAUUCAUUCCCCCACCAAACCCUAUAACUCUCUGCUUGCUUCUUCUUUUCAUUUCAAUUCAAACUUGAUUUUGAUCGGCGAUGGCUGCUUCUCAAGAGUACAUGGACAAGAUGCAGCUUCGUCAGAGCUACCGAAACGUCUGGCACACUGAUCUCAUGAGCUCCAUCUCUGCCGAUACUCCUUAUUGCUGCUUUUCGUUGUUCUGUGGACCGUGUGUGUCAUACUUGCUUCGAAAGCGAGCUCUUUAUGGUGACAUGUCAAGGUAUACUUGCUGUGCUGGAUAUAUGCCCUGCAGUGGCAAGUGUGGAGAAAGUAAAUGUCCUGAAUUAUGCCUCUGCACUGAGGUGUUUUGUUGCUUUGGGAAUUCAGUAGCAUCGACUCGCUUUUUAUUGCAAGAUGAGUUCAACAUACAAACAACACAAUGCGAUAACUGCAUCAUUGGAUUUAUGUUUUGCCUCCAACAACUCGCGUGUAUCUGCUCCAUUGUUGCUUGUCUUGUCGGAAACGACGAACUCAGUGAUGCAUCUCAGGCAUUGAAUUGCUUAGCCGACAUGGUUUACUGCACGGUUUGCGCGUGCAUGCAGACUCAACACAAAGUUGAAAUGGACAAAAGAGAUGGAAAGUUUGGAACGCAACCAAUGGCUGUGCCACCGGCUCAGCAAAUGUCAAGGUUUGAUCAGCCGUAUCCUCCCAACGUUGGAUACGCGCAACCAGCAUAUGGCGGUUAUCCACCAGGAUCUCAGCCUCCACAAGCUCAAGGCUAUCCACCUGCCGCCUAUCCUCCGAUGGGCUAUCCUGCUCCUAGUUACCAAGGUAAAUAAAUGUGUUGGAUGUGUAAAUUAAUCUUCCAUUCUUUAAUGGCAGGUUACCAGAAGCAGCCAUACAUUUAUAGUAUCAAACUUUUUAAUGAGACUAAUUCUUUUGGUUUGUUGAUGAUAUAUUUGUACAUGAAUAAGCUUGUGUAUUUUUUAAAUACCUUUGAGAUUUUAUGAUUACAUUCUUAAUACAUAAA